AUGCGACGCCCUCUGCUCCUCCUGCUGGCCCACUGCCUCCUCGCCACGGCGGCGAGCCUCGUGACGCACGGCGGCCAGUUCGUGCCGGACCAUGUCCUGCGCGUGUCCUCGGCCGACAUCGCCAUCGCCUGCGAGCGGCGCCGGUCGGCCGUCGUCAACGGCACCGUCCCGGGGCCGACGCUGCGCAUUCUCGCCGGCCGCCGAACCUGGAUCCGGGUGUACAACGACAUGCCCAAGGAGAAUCUCACCAUGCAUUGGCACGGCCUCGCCCAGCGCAUGGCCAUCUUCUCCGACGGAAGCCCCCAGGGUUCGCAGUGGCCCAUCCCGCCCGGCCACUUCUUCGACUACGAGCUGCACACGACGUCGGACGAUGCCGGCACCUACUUUUACCACUCCCACGUCGGCAUGCAGGCCCUGACGGCCUCGGGGCCCCUCGUCGUCGAGGACUGCCGGCCGCCGCCGUUCCGCUACGACGACGAGCGCAUCCUCCAUUGGAGCGACUACUUUCGCCAGGACGACGCCGCCUUCGAGGCCGGCCUCACCGCCGUGCCCUUCGUCUUCGGCGGCGAGAGCCAGGGCGUCCUCCUCAACGGCAAGGGCGUCGCCCUCGGCCGCGAGGGCGCCGAGGGUCCGCUCGGCAGCGAGUGCUCGCUGCCCGUCAUUGACGUCGAGCCGGGCAGGACGUACCGCUUCCGCUUCAUCGGCUCCACCGGCCUCUCGCUCGUCAGCAUCGCCUUCGAAGGCCACGUCAACCUGCACGUCGUCCAGGCCGACGCUGGCGCCUGGACCCGCCCCGUCUGGGUCGACCGCAUCCAGCUCGGGUCCGGCCAGCGCUUCGACGCCAUCUUCAAGGCCAAGACGGCCGAGGAGCUGCGCAAGGCCGGCGGCAAGAUGACCUACGUCGUCCAGUACGAGACGCGCGACCGCCCCUCCGUCUACCGCGGCUACGCCGUCCUCCGCUACGCCAACGGCGGCGACUUCCCGGGCCGGCCCGCGACCCCGCCGCUCCGCAUCCCGGAGAAGACGAACGCCUGGCUCGAGUACCAACUGCAGCCCUUGUACCCGGGCCCGAGAGGCCACCCGACCCUCGCCGAGGUGACGCGCCGCGUUGUCAUGAACUCCAGCCAGCUCGUCGACCCCCGCACCGGUCAGGUCGUCUGGAGGCUCGCCGGCCUGUCCUGGACCGACAACGCGGCCCGGACGCCGCUGCUCGUCGACAUCUACAAGCGCGGCGACGCCGCCAUGCCGAGCUACGACGACGCCGUGCGCAACGGCGGCUGGGAUCCCAGGACAAAGGCCUUCCCCGUCAAGGUCGGCGAGGUCAUCGAGAUCGUCCUCCAGAACACGGGCUCGCUCAAGAACGGCGGUUCCGUCGACGUCCACCCCUUCCACGCCCACGGCCAGCAUUUCUACGACCUCGGCAGCGGCGACGGUCUCUACGACGCCGCCGCCAACGAGGCCAAGGUCGUGGCCAUGGGGUACAAGGCCGUCGAGAGGGACACCACCAUGCUGCACCGGUACUCAAACAAGACGGAGCCCGGCGCGCCUGCGGGAUGGCGCGUCUGGCGGUUGCGGGUCGAGCAGCCCGGCGUCUGGCUCCUUCACUGCCACACCCUGCAGCACAUGAUGAUGGGAAUGCAAUCGGCUUGGGUCGUCGGCAGCGCGGACCAGAUCCGAAACAUUCCCUUCCACUACGCCCAAGGGUACCUCGAGUACGGCGGCGACGCCUAUGGCAACUCGACGCAUGAGCCGACCGCCAUGCAUGAAUUUGACGACGCGAAGCCGGAGAGCUGUCCCGGCCAGAAUGCCGCCAGCCAGAGGUUGGACGAUGCCGGCCAGGAUGCCGCCGGCCAGAGCCCCGGCAAGGGCCCCGGCCAGAAUGCCGCCAGCCAGAGGUUGGACGAUGCCGGCCAGGAUGCCGCCGGCCAGAGCCCCGGCAAGGGCCCCGGCCAGAAUGCCGCCAGCCAGAGCCCCGGCAAGGGCCCCGGCCAGAAUGCCGCCAGCCAGAGGUUGGACGAUGCCGGCUAG